UUUCUUCCGGCUUUUGUCUUACAACGAGGGAAUUGGAGUGACGGAUAUGGAAAUGGAGGAGGUAAACUGAAUUUAGUUUCCCUCUGUUUCUAAAUCAAAGUGAGUGAGUGAAAUUUGAAAAGGAAGAAGAAGAAGAAGUAGAAGAUGGAGGCCGUAGCUGAAGGACUGUGGGGUCUUGCUGACUAUCAUGAGAACAAAGGAGAAAUUGGGAAGGCAGUGAAGUGCCUUGAAGCUAUUUGUCAGAGCCAAGUCUCCUUCUUCCCAAUUGUCGAGGUCAAAACUCGCCUCCGCAUCGCUACUCUCCUUCUCAAGCACUCCCACAAUGUUAAUCACGCCAAGGCUCACCUCGAGCGUUCUCAACUGCUUUUGAAGUCAAUACCAUCUUGCUUCGAAUUGAAGUGCAGAGCAUAUAGCUUACUUAGCCAGUGCUACCAUCUCGUUGGAGCUAUUCCACCUCAAAAGCAGAUACUACAAAAGGGCCUAGAACUUACUGCAUCUGCUGGAUAUGAGAUUUCAAUGAAGCUGUGGUCUUGCAACUUCAAUUCACAGCUUGCAAAUGCUUUGAUUAUUGAAGGAGAUUACCGAGGUUCAAUCUCUGCCUUAGAGUGUGGAUAUGCCUGUGCUACAGAAAUUGGUUACCUGGAGUUGCAGAUGUUUUUUGCCACUUCUAUAUUGCACGUCCACCUCAUGCAAUGGGAUGAUGAUAAAUUGGUUGAGCUAGCUGUUAAUAAAUGCAACGAGAUUUGGGAGUCCAUAGAAUCUAAUAAAAGACAACAAUGCAUUGGCCUAAUCUUUUACAACGAAUUGCUUCACAUAUUCUAUCGACUGAGGUUAUGUGAUUACAAGAAUGCUGCACCGCAUGUAGACAAAUUGGAUGCUGCCAUGAAGGCUGAUAUGCAGCAGACACAGCAUAUGCAAGAGCUGAUGAAGGAACUGAAUGCCUUAAAUCAAAGUCUCUCCCGGUCUGAUCUUCACUACCGGGAAAGGGCUGCACUAUCUGAAAAACAAUCACUGAUUGAGGAGCAGCUGAGAAACAUGAAUGGAUUGAGUUUGAAUGGGCGAGAGUCUCUUGAACCUGUAUACUUUGGGAAUGUUAGAAGGACACUGGGAGAUAAGCUUCAGCUAGCACCUCCUCCCAUUGAUGGCGAAUGGCUUCCUAAAAGUGCUGUCUAUGCACUAGUUGAUCUUAUGGCAGUUAUAUUUGGACGCCCGAAAGGACUUUUUAAAGAGUGUGGAAAGCGAAUACAGUCUGGAAUUUCUAUAAUUCAAGAUGAGUUAGUAAAGCUAGGAAUAACUGAUGCCACAAGAGCAGAAGUGGACUUGCAACACUCUGCCAUCUGGAUGGCUGGAGUGUAUCUAAUGCUACUGAUGCAGUUUCUUGAAAACAAAGUGGCUGUAGAGCUCACUCGAGCUGAAUUUGUUGAAGCACAGGAGGCUUUGGUGCAGAUGAAAACCUUGUUCAUGCGGUUUCCAACUAUAUUACAGGCUUGUGAGUGCAUCAUUGAGAUGCUACGUGGGCAGUAUGCACAUUCGGUUGGCUGUUAUAGUGAAGCUACUUUUCAUUAUAUUGAAGCAGCCAAGCUUACAGAGAGCAAAGCGAUGCAAGCUAUGUGCCAAGUGUAUGCAGCUGUCUCUUAUAUCUGCAUUGGUGAUGCAGAAUCUUCUUCACAGGCUCUUGAUUUGAUUGGACCAGUUUAUGGAGUAAUGGAUUCUUUUGUAGGAGUUAGAGAGAAAACGGGUGUCCUUUUUGCUUAUGGCCUUUUAUUGAUGAAGCAGCAGGAUCUUCAGGAAGCAAGGAACCGCCUGGCAAGGGGAUUGCAGUUGACACACAGUUAUUUGGGGAACCUUCAACUCGUUUCUCAGUAUUUGACAAUCCUUGGCAGUUUGGCGCUAGCAUUACAUGAUACUGUACAGGCCAGGGAGAUAUUGAGAUCGUCCUUGACCUUGGCGAAGAAGCUUUAUGAUAUCCCAACUCAGAUCUGGGUGCUUUCUGUCUUGACCGGUUUAUAUCAGGAGUUAGGAGAAAGGGGAAAUGAAAUGGAGAAUUCUGAGUAUCAAGCCAAAAGAACAGAAGAACUGCAAAAGAGACUUGCAGAUGCGCAUGCAUCCAUUCAUCAUAUUGAAAUAGUUGACAAAACAAGAAUUGAAGUUCUUCAAUUCAAUGAGUUGGACAUCAAGCGUGCAAUGGCAGGUCCGCCUAUGGGGGUCAAUCUUGAUAUCCCAGAAUCCAUCGGUCUGCAAGCACCAGCACCGGCACAUUCGACAUCAAGACUAGUUGACAUAGACACUGGCAGACGUGGAAAGAGGAGACUUUAGUAUUCUCCUCAUUCAGGUGCAUCAACUAUAUUAUUUUUGUGAAUUAAUUACAGACAAAAUUUACAAGAGGCUAGCAGCUUUUUUGGCAGACAGAAAGUGCAGCAUACCUACCAGCAGCCUUUAGAAGCCUGUGCAUCACUGUUGAAGAUCUUGUACAGUUAAUUAGGAUGUUCCUUAACAAUUACAAGUGUUUUUGUAUAUCCAUUUUUUGAUAGAAUAUGUUGGAGUCCUGCAAGGGUUCCACGUUUCGUUGUGUUCUUUUGUAGCAUAAUAGUUUUGUGUAGCUAAUUAACUACUGCUUUCCUCUUUAUCAAUUCAUGAAAGUCAAAUUUUCUGUCA